AGUACGCUGGAUCGAUCCAAUGUUUUUUAAUGGCAUGUUUGUGAAAAAUGAUCGAAACAUGGGCGUGAUUCAAAAAAAUUGUACGAAAUAAAAUUUAUUGCUCACAUGAUGUAACAGAACAACCGAAGUUUGUAAAUUUCAGUUUAGAGAUGAAAUCUUUCUUAAAUCUCAAGGUAAUCCUGCUGAUGAUCUCGUCGUUACUGCCAUGGCCAGAGUUCAGUCAUCCAUCAAUAGGGUGUUCACGAGAAUUCUCUUUUCUUGUCAGGAAUUUUGUUUCCAAGAAAUGGAUUCCACUUUUCAACAAGUUCAAAGUUGAAGUACCCUUAAGUUGCCCUCUACACCCAGAACGGGACAUUUACCAUGCAAUCCAUCAAUCGAAAUUCCAAGCUAGCACCACAAAAUGGAGCUGCUCUAUUUGUGGGAAAUCUUUUCACAGAGAACCUUUCCUUGAUCUCCAUAUGUUAAAAAAACAUCAAGACAAGCUCCAACUGACAGAAGACAGUGUCUGCCCAGGUGAUUUUUGUGACUUGAUAAGAUGUGAAGUGCUCCACUUGGCAGAAAUAUCAAAGAAUCGAAAUCAAACCAGUGAAUUCCAGAACCCUACAGAACAGCAACAGACUAUCACUGCUUUGGUGAAAGCAACCCCACAAGCGCAUCCUCUUAGUCGUUAUAACCAACAAGCCGAAAUUUGUCUGACGGACGAUGAACAAUGCAAACGAAAAGGCUGGUUGAUCCUUCCGUCGCAACUUCCGCAGAUGCAUUGCUGUUCGCCAGCGCCUUCCACUAUUGUGAAAUCGGUUUCUAACCAAACACUUCCUCGAUGCCGUACUAACACUACCAAUGACGUAAAUCCAGAAAUGAUCUUGCCUUCAACCUCUAAAAAAGAAGAACUGUCUGAGCGUAUAAGGCAAAAGCAAAGCUCUUGCCGAGACGAAGAUUUCUUUCAGCUUCGUUCUGAAUGCGCCCGCUUGGUUAGCAUGUGUACUAGUGGUCUUGUUCUACGUCUGAGCAACCAACAAUUUCUGCAUCUGAGAGAUGAACUCAAUCGUACAGUAUGUUGGCACUUACACUGUGACCGUUAUUGGACGGAGGUUAUUAUAUCAGAGGCGAGCACUUCCACUCUUCUACUAAUAUGCAUCGCAUUUGCUGCCCUAGGAUGUGCCAGUUCGUACAUAAUUGUUUGUGUCCUCUGUCGGGAGCCUCAACCUUCUGCAAUCCAAUCUAGCAAUCCCGGUGAUCAAAUUCGAAGGGAGAAAAGAUCUCGUUUUAAUUCUGUAGGUGGUGCAUGGAGUGAUGCUCCAAAUCAAUCUUGCAGCCGAAUAGGCAAGUCGUCCGAAUCGUAUUUAAAUUGCUCGCAGUCCUCUUUCAUCACUGAAGUUGAUGUGGAAGAGAAUAGCUUAAUCUAAAAUUAAUAUCGUAAGUCAGAUCUUUAUUCUAGUCUAUUGAUAGGGCGAAUUAUGGGCAGGUAGUAUGUGAUUUGAUGAUAUCGCUUGUAAACCGGUGAAAUUUUCUAACUUCCUAUACGAGCAAUCCAUCUUUCUAGUCAAGUGUCUGUCAGUCCUCCUUUAUAUCACCGCCAGUUCCAAAUGUCGAUGCACGUUUUUGUUAUUAAUUAUGAGUCACAUAAGUGAUUAGUACAGUAAUUCGAUCAUCUAAA